ACCAAUCCUCCAUCUGUUCCCCUCUAGAACGUCGGAAACAGCCACUUUCAGCACUCCCGGUUCGACGAGCAGCAUCCCGAGAUCACCCCCGUGCAUGGCACCCCAGCCAGACCCGCAUACCCCCCGUGAUAGACCCAGAAAUCGAACCUGUAGCCUGGCCCUCCUGUGUGCCCCUGUUACCACACACAAAAGUUCGCUUUAGUUUUCCCAUCUCGCAGAUCAAGCCCGAGUGAAACGAUUUUUUUUUUCUCUCUCUCUCUCUCUCCCUCCCUCCCUGUGCCAGCACUUUGAGAGACCAUGUCUGACCACACACUGACAGAUGCACCAUCGUCUGGUGCGCCGGUCGCCCCUGCCCCUCCACUCAAGACGAAUAGUCGCCUUGCGGGCUCGGGAUCCGGCUCCCUUAGGUCGGCCUCCAUAGCGUCUUCCAAUUUUUUCACCAGCACGCCCACCUCCACCACUUCUGUGGAUCAACCUUCUGUCAAUGGAGGUGAAUCUGCCGACGACGAGCCUACCGGAGCUCUGUUGGACAUUGUUGGAGCGUUGGGAAACCUCAACUUGGAUGAGGAGUUUGUCGAACUGGCCACCAAGGACACGUCUGUUAUCGCAGCAGAUGCUCCUGUGACCUCCGGAGACAUCCCCAAAUCCACCACGCCCUUCACCACUGGCCCUGCAGUCGCUGCCUCGCAGCAACAUCAACAAUUCUGGGACCAUUCAUACCAUCACCCUCCAGCGCAUUUCUACUCGCCCUACCCUCCACAAGGAUCCUUGACCCCCAACAUUGGCGGCAGUGGAGGUGCUGGCGGCGCCGGCGACGGUAACGGCUCAACGUCCACGUCGUCCUUUGCCGUGAAGACCCCGUCCAACACAUGGAGCAACAGCUUCAUCCCAGCCUCGGCUCCUCCGUUCAUGUACAGUGGAGAACAAGACUUGUCUUCUCUUUCCAUAAAACCGUUCGAAUUGCCUGGCGACGACACCGAGGGACAACUGUCCCAUCACCACCAGCAACAGCAGCAGCAUCUCCCGCCAUUUGGUUUGAACGGAUUGUACUUCCACGACGGGUUGAGAGACGCCCCCUUCAUCAAGGAGGGCAGUAUUGCCCCCGAAGGCGAGGAAUCAACCCACCCGCAGCAUACCAACUUCACCAAUAUGUUCCAGCCUGAGUUCAUGCCAUUCAAAGGUUUGGCGUCAAAUAAUGCAUUGAUGGGUGUAGGAGCCGUAACUGGCGGUUCUGGAGGAGCCGGAACCGGAGCCGGACCCGUGGGAGGCGUUGGAGGUGUAGCAGGAUCGACCCCUACCCUUGGUGGAAUGUCCUUGCCCCCACAACUCAUGGACACCACGAACAUGUGGAACCAAUACGGCGGCAUCAACCAACAACCAGUUGAUAAUGUGGCCUCAUCCCUUGGAGGCUAUAAGAAUAACCAUGUCAACUCUACCAGCCCUCAUCCUUCCAACAACUCGAACAACCCUAACAAUCACAACCACCACCACCACCACCACAACAACAACAACAACCACAACAAUGGCCACUCCAACCGAUUCAAUGGCCACAGCCACCGUAACCGUAACCAAUACACUAACGACGGGAUGAAUGUCCAUCGUAAAAUGCAUAAUAACAAUAACAACACCAACCAUCACAAGCGCAAGGGAGAUGACGCCUCGAAGUAUGCCAACGCCAAGUUGGAGGACUUUUCCGGGGAGAUCUACUCUCUCUGCAAGGACCAGCACGGAUGUCGGUUCUUGCAACGUCAAUUGGACUUGGGUAGAGAAAACAAGACGGAAUCUGGAGGAGUCUUGAGUAGUGAAAUCGCCGCCACGAUGAUUUUCAAUGAGAUUUAUCUCAAGAUUAUUGAAUUGAUGACUGAUCCAUUUGGGAAUUACUUGAUCCAGAAGCUUUUCGAGAAUGUAUCUACCGACCAAAGAAUCAUCUUGGUUAAGAAUGCAUCCCCUGAGUUCAUUCGUAUUGCCUUGGACCCCCAUGGAACCAGAGCCUUACAAAAACUUGUUGAAUGUAUCACAACCGAGGAAGAAUCCAAAUUGAUCAUUGAUCUGCUUUCACCACACAUUGUUUCUCUUUCUAGAGACUUGAAUGGGAACCAUGUGGUACAGAAAUGCUUACAAAGAUUAAAGCCAGAGGAUAAUCAAUUUAUCUUUGAUACCGCUUCACUUCAUUGUAAUGAGAUUGCCACCCAUAGACAUGGAUGUUGUGUCUUACAAAGAUGUUUGGACCAUGGUAAUGCCAAGCAACGCCAACAAUUGUCAUUCAAAGUGGCCGAGAACGCCACCAAUUUGUCUCUCGACCCCUUUGGCAACUAUGUGGUUCAAUACGUGUUGUCCCGUGGUGACGAAGAAUCGAUUAAAAACAUCUUGCAACACAUUAAAUUGAAUGUCAUCUCGUUGAGUUUACACAAGUUUGGAUCCAACGUGAUCGAAAAGUCAUUGCGUAUCAACAAACUCACCGACAGUCUUGUCGAGGUGUUGUUAUUGAAUAAGGAACGUUUCUCAGAAAUGCUUAACGAUGCCUACGGGAACUAUGUUCUCCAAACCAGUUUAGAGGUUGCGAACGCAGAGGACUUGGCCAAGUUGUCGGGCGCAUUACAUCCGUUGUUGCCCAACAUCAAGAACACGCCCCAUGGACGUAGAAUCAUGACCAAGAUCCAGAGUUUGUAAUUUCGACGCUUUCCAGCUGUACUUUAGACUGUAUAUUAGUU